AAAAGCGGUGUUCUUUUUUCAUCGGUCGGGUGGUUCGAGAAGGUUUUCGUCGAAAAAUAAUUGUAAAUUACAGAAAUGGCAUCCAUUAGUUUGUUGAAUCCGAAGGCUGAGUUUGCCCGUGCUGCCCAAGCGCUGGCGGUCAACAUAACCGCUGCGAAAGGCAUUCAUGAUGUGAUGAAAACGAACCUCGGACCGAAGGGAACGAUGAAAAUGUUGGUCUCCGGUGCCGGCGACAUCAAAAUCACCAAGGACGGCAAUGUUUUGCUGCACGAGAUGCAAAUCACGCACCCGACGGCUUCGCUGAUCGCUCGGGCCAGCACCGCCCAGGAUGAUGUUACCGGAGACGGAACCACUUCGAUCGUGCUGAUCAUUGGUGAGCUGCUGAAGCAGGCAGAUCUGUACAUCGCCGACGGUCUGCAUCCGCGCAUCGUUGCCGACGGUUUCGAUCAGGCUCGCCAGCAGGCACUGGAGAUCCUGGAACAGAUUGCGCACCCGAUCGAAGUGAACCGGGAGAAUUUGCUCAACAUUGCACGCACGUCACUGCGAACGAAGGUUCAUCCGGACCUGGCCGAUCUGCUGACGGACGUUUGUGUUGAUGCCGUUCUGGCCAUCCGCACGGAAGGUAAACCGGUCGAUCUGCACAUGGUGGAGCUGAUGGAGAUGCAGCACAAGUCCGCAACGGACACGCAGCUGGUGAAGGGUAUCGUGAUGGAUCAUGGCGCUCGCCACCCGGACAUGCCGAAACGCGUCGAAAACGCGUUCAUUCUGACGUGCAACGUGUCGAUGGAGUACGAAAAGUCCGAAGUGAACUCGGGCUUCUUCUACAAGACGGCGGAGGAACGCGAAAAGUUUGUGCUGGCCGAGCGCGAGUUCAUCGAGGAUCGCGUCAAGAAGGUGAUCGAGCUGAAGCGCAAGGUGUGCCCCGAAGGUUCGAACAAAACGUUCGUGGUCAUCAACCAGAAGGGCAUCGACCCGAUGUCGCUGGACAUGCUGGCCAAGGAAGGCAUUAUGGGGCUUCGACGGGCGAAGCGUCGUAACAUGGAGCGUUUGGCCCUUGCCUGCGGUGGUAUCGCUAUGAACUCCUUCGACAACAUGGACGAGUCGUGUCUCGGCUAUGCGGGACUGGUUUACGAGCACGUGCUCGGUGAAAACAAGUACACGUUUGUGGAGGAGUGCAAGAACCCGCUCUCGGUGACGAUUCUCAUGAAGGGCCCGAACCGACACUCGCUGGCGCAGAUUAAGGACGCGAUCCGAGAUGGACUGCGCUCGAUUAACAAUGCGGUGGAGGACAAGAAGCUGGUCCCGGGGGCUGGUGCGUUCGAGGUGCGUGUGCACAACAAGCUGCGCGAGUACGCCAAGGGCGUGAAGGGCAAGACCCGGCUCGCGAUUCAGGCGUACGCGGACGCAAUGCUCGUCGUCCCGAAGGUGUUGGCUGUGAACAGCGGUUACGAUGCACAGGACACCAUCGUGCGCCUGCAGGAGGAGGGUCUGUUGAAUGAGGAACCGAUCGGACUGGACCUGUCCACCGGAGAACCGAUGAAGCCGGUCGAUAUGGGCAUCUUCGACAACUACAUCGUCAAGAAACAGAUUCUCAACUCCUCCACCAUCAUCGCGGUCAACAUCCUGCUUGUGGACGAAAUCAUGCGUGCCGGCAUGAGUAGUCUUAAGGGUUAAACGCCUUACUCGUGAGAGACCGGGCGAGCAAAGCGCGCCCCUUUCCCUACGCUACCCUCCCGCUUAAUUCGAGCGUCGUUUGAUGUGUCUUGCGUAUCGUAUUUCAUUUAACAUUGUUCAUUUAAAUAUGCUCUAAACCACACACACUACUUACCCUUAACAGUUUAAAUGCGGUGCAUUGUAUUCGAUAACCACACUCGCAGUAAUAAACGCACCAUGCUUCAUUUUGUCUUGUACAAGAUAACUAAAAAACCAGGUGGCAU